CGUUGACAGCUCCAAGUGCGCUCUGACUUCUGAAGAAAGGGGUGAGCCCAUGCCAACCGCGAAGAAGUCCCUUCGCCGUGGAGGUCCCAGUGAAAUUGCAGGCUUAAGGAAACCGAGGAGGUUUGCUGGCGACUAUUUAAAAAAUCUCGCUGAAGAAUAUGAAGAAAAACCGAGAAAGAUUCGACAACAAGGAAAGAGAAUUCGUGUACAAAUUCAAGGUGGGAAAUGAGCGCUUCGAACUGAGAGUGCCCCUCAGGUUUCCCGUGGACGAGAAUGCCAGCCAUUUGCACGGACGUCUGAUGCUGCUGCACAAUCUGCCCUGCUUCAUAGAGAGCGACUUAAAAGAAGCUCUGAGCCGAUUUGUAGAAGAAGAAUCCCUUAGAGACCAUGACAGAGAGGCUGAAGCAUCCUUGGAUGCUGUUAAAUCAGGUGAAGUGGAUCUGCACCAGCUGGCAAGUGCAUGGGCCAAAGCUUACGCUGAGACCACCUUAGAGCAUGCGAGGCCUGAGGAGCCUAACUGGGAUGAAGACUUUGCAGAUGUGUACCAUGACCUGAUCCAUUCCCCAGCCUCAGAAACGCUCCUGAAUCUGGAACAUAAUUACUUUGUUAGCAUCUCAGAACUGAUUGGUGAAAGAGAUGUGGAGCUGAAAAAAUUGCGAGAGAGACAAGGUAUUGAAAUGGAAAAGGUGAUGCAGGAAUUGGGGAAAUCACUCACAGAUCAAGAUGUAAAUUCACUGGCUGCCCAGCAUUUUGAAUCCCAGCAAGACUUAGAGAAUAAAUGGUCAAAUGAACUGAAACAAUCAACAGCUAUCCAGAAGCAAGAGUAUCAGGAAUGGGUGAUAAAACUUCAUCAGGACUUGAAGAACCCCAACAACAGCUCCCUCAGUGAAGAAAUUAAAGUUCAGCCAAGCCAGUUCAGAGAAUCUACAGAUGCCAUUGGAAGGAUUUACGAGGAGCAGAGGAAGCUGGAAGAAAGCUUCACCAUUCACUUGGGAGCCCAACUGAAGACCAUGCACAAUCUGCGAUUGCUGAGAGCAGAUAUGCUUGACUUCUGCAAGCAUAAAAGAACUCAUGGAAGUGGUGUGAAACUCCAUCGGCUCCAGACAGCCCUGUCUCUUUAUUCCACUUCUCUCUGUGGCCUAGUCUUACUAGUAGAUAAUCGAAUUAAUUCAUAUAGUGGCAUCAAAAGAGAUUUUGCCACAGUUUGCCAAGAAUGCACAGACUUCCACUUCCCACGGAUUGAAGAGCAACUGGAGGUUGUCCAGCAGGUGGCGCUGUACGCGAGAACACAGCGCAGGAGCAAGUGCAAAGAGGCCCGGGAUUCUGGAAAUCAAAAUGGAGGAAGCGAUGAUAAAUCUAAGAAUUCUGAGAGAAACUAUUUAAAUAUUUUACCUGGAGAAUUUUAUAUUACACGUCAUUCGAAUCUCUCCGAAAUCCACGUUGCUUUCCAUCUCUGUGUGGAUGACAAUGUGAAGUCGGGAAAUAUCACUGCUCGGGAUCCUGCUAUCAUGGGACUCCGAAAUAUCCUCAAGGUUUGCUGUACCCAUGACAUCACAACAAUGAGCAUCCCUCUCUUGCUGGUGCAUGACAUGUCAGAGGAAAUGACUAUACCUUGGUGCUUAAGAAGAGCAGAACUGGUAUUUAAGUGUGUCAAAGGUUUCAUGAUGGAGAUGGCUUCAUGGGAUGGAGGAAUUUCUAGGACAGUGCAAUUUCUGGUACCACAGAGCAUUUCUGAAGAAAUGUUUUAUCAGCUGAGUAACAUGCUCCCCCAGAUCUUCCGGGUCUCCUCAACUCUCACGCUGACAUCCAAGCACUAAACCUCAUGUGCUAACAUUCUGGCAGAAGAGCGUUUCUCACCUUUCUGGGAGCAAGAACUGUGCUGGAAUCCUGUCGAGCAGAAGGUGCCCAGUGGAACCUGCAACUCAACCACCUGUUAAGUUAUGAUGGAAAAUAUCAAAUAUUCCAAAAAUGUGUGUGUGUGUGUUGCAGACUAAAGAUUAGCUCCCAAUUAAAGCAUUUUCUCAGAAAACCCUUCAUGAUAUAAUACCUCUUUUUUUUUUUUUUACUUAUAUGUCCUCUCUGUGAAUGAUAAUGUUAAAAUGUUUAUCAAACAUGGACACUUACCAGCAUGUUCAUUGUAAUUCCAUGGAGCCCUCUUGACUUUCGAAGGCAAGAAGAGUCAUAUCAAAUACAAGGCAUACAUUGUCAAAUCAGAAUUUGAAUAUACAUUGCAAGUAUAUGUUUCUUUGAAAGUGUUUUUGUAGUAAUAUAAAUACACCAGACAAAUGUACUUGUUUUAAAUUCUCCUGUUUCAAACCCUGGCUUUUAACCUACUCUUUCUAAGGUUGUAUAAAUUAGAGUCGGAGAAGGCUUUGAAUUCUUUACCGCUGUCUCACCUUCCUUCUGUGACCUUACCCCGUCUAUUAAUAACAUUUCGUGGGCUGGGA